ACUAAUAAAAAUUUGGAACGUAAUAUUUGGCAGAAUAAUAUAUCAGGAUGUCGGCUAAAUCACUUAAAACCAAAAGUAAGCGGCAAGCUGAUAAGUUGAUCAGUAGUAGCAUUUGCAAUAAGCAACCUAAGAAGGAAAAAAUAGAAGCCACCAAUACCGAAGCUUUUGAAAAUAUAAAUGUGGACAAUGUUCUUAGUGAUAUUCCAUACAAUACACAAACAAUCAAAGAGUUAUUUGAGUUCCCAAUUAAUCAGGAUAGUUCAGACAUAAUAGAACCUGCUCCAAGUCUUUCAAAUUUAUUGAAAGUUCUUGAAGAGCGUGAUAGGGCACAAGCUCAGCGCGACGAGAAAUAUUCUAAAUUAAUCUUUAGAUUAACUGAAGAAAUUAUUUCUCUUCGCGCUGAGAUACGUUUACUCCGGCAGUCACAUAUUCAAACAACUACUAAAUUGGACAUUUUACCCAAAUUUCCUUUAGAAACAUUAGAGGAUUUUCAUGACUUUGAAGAGAAUCUGCACAGCAAUGAAAAAAUGAGGGAAGCAUUGAAACUAUCAUUUUCUAAUUUGGGUGCGGAUGACCUUCCAUAUUUUUUAAGGCGUGCAAUACGAAAUGUUAUUGGAGAUGAUAUUGCCAUACAUUUUUCGUGGAGAGGUUCAGCAACGAAAAAGAGCAUUCAACAUCACAUGCUUAUCAAAAUAAUAAAAGAUAUGAGUAAGCAAAAAUUUCCAGCAGCAGACGAAAAACAGUUAAAUUACAUCCUGCAACAGCAUUUCGUGCACACAAAUUGCCGAAUUCAAAAACGUUUGAAAAAAUUCAGCAAUGACACAUAAAUUAUAAUAU